CCGCACCUCCUCCGGCUCUGCAGUGGUGGCGGCGGCGGGGAGACGAGCCCGGAGCUCCUGCGGGGUCGGGCCGGAGCCGGGGUCGGGGCAGCGGCGAGGACCCCCCCGGAGGCGGGGCCUGCGGGAGCGCGAUGGGCGUGGAGAUCGAGACCAUUUCCCCGGGAGACGGAAGGACUUUCCCCAAGAAGGGCCAGACAUGCGUGGUACACUACACAGGAAUGCUCCAAAAUGGGAAGAAAUUUGAUUCAUCCAGAGACAGAAACAAACCUUUCAAGUUCAGAAUUGGCAAGCAGGAAGUUAUUAAAGGUUUUGAAGAGGGUGCAGCCCAGAUGAGCUUGGGGCAGAGGGCGAAGCUGACCUGCACUCCUGAUGUGGCGUAUGGAGUCACGGGCCAUCCUGGUGUCAUCCCUCCAAAUGCUACCCUCAUCUUUGACGUGGAGCUGCUCAACUUAGAGUGAAGGCGGGAAGGAAGUCGAGGUGGCUGGACAUGGCUGCUGCUCACCUUCCUAGCCGGCUCUGCCACUGGGAAGGCUCCUCCCGCAUGGGGCUCUUGAUCAGUGUGCACUGUUCUACACAGCCAUUCUCUGCCAAGUUGCUCUGUAUUGUUUGUCAUUGUUCAUGUGCAUCUUUGCUUGAGAAAACUUUGAUUGCAGAUCAAAUAAUGUCAGGUUGUGCAUUUAGUGUGAUGCAUGUAAGUAGCCAUUUCUGACCACAGAUUUGUUUGCACAAUCUAAAAUGCCUUACCUUCACUUAAGCCAGAUACACAAGGUGCUCAGACAUGCAAUGUACAUGGUAUAGACAGAGGGACUUGAGCCAGUUACCUUUGCUGUCACUUCCUCUGAUAAAUUUUGUUGGCUGCUCACUUAAAGUCCUCUUUAGAGCUGUGUAAAAUAAAGACUCUGUGCUUG